GCCUUUGUCUUUGAUUGAAAAUUGCAAAGCGAAAGUGGUUCUCAAAACUUGCAGAAAUAAAUUAUCGCAGCUGAUCUGCUGGAAAGUUUGAUCAAUUUUGGCAUUUGCAAAGAACCAGAAUUUGUUGCGGAAAUAUGUCAGAUUGUGAAGAUACAGUGUUUGUUGAAUGUGCGGAUGAUGUGAAUGAUGAGAGGGAACCAAGUGUGGAAGUACUUCAGUGUGACAGUGUGAAUAUGAGGGGUGAACGGGAAGAUAUUGUGGAGUCAAUUGAAGCGGUGAAAAGAGUGAAGAAAGCAAUUCAGUACCAGGAUGAUGAAUCAUUACAGGAGGCCCUUGAAAAAAUUAAAGAACGACCAAAUAUUGAUGCUGAAUUCCAAGACAAGAUUGCAGAGCUUCAGAAGAUCAAAGCCACUGAAAAUUUUGCUGAUUUCCAUGAAGUUGUUGAGGAAGUGCUUAGACAGCUAGCUGAUGCCCAGGAAAAAGCCCAGACUGGCAAGACUUCACUAAGUCGACCAAUUGAGAUUCUGAAUGAAGUCUUACCAGUGUUUCGAAAGGCAUGUGCAAGUCACAUAGAGAAGAUUCAGGCAUCACCGGAAGUUAAUAAGACCCUGAAUGAGCUUGAAAAAAUUCGGCUGGACAUCAAGCAAUGUGAGAAAACUGACUGUGGGGAUGUUGAGAAAGCAAAGAAGUUAGAAAAGAAAGGAGAAAAGUUGCUUGAGGAGGCUGUCAGACACAGCAUUCUGGAUGUUGAAAAGAUUGAAAAAAGGAUUAAAGAAGAAGAUGAAGCUGGAAUACUGAUCUAUUUUGAAAACACAAAAAAAGAAACAAAUGAAAGAAUGGAUUUUCUUACAGAUGAUUUUGUACAGAUGAAAAACAACUGCGCUGAUGAUAUUCAGUUAACUGAACAAGCUCUGGAUAUUGAAAUCCAAAGCAAAGAACACGCAUUUGCAAAGUUUGAAGCCAAAGACAGGGAACUGGAAGGCCAGAUUGAAGUUCAAUUAGAGAAAGAAGAAGAAUUAAGAAAACAACUGGAAAAAGUUCAAGAAGAACGUAGAGCUUUGGAAGAAGAAAGAGAGCUGAGGGGAGCAAUGCAGGAUAAAGCUAAUGUGGUGCACAAACAAGCCGAGGAUGAGUUACGACAACUGCAGGCCAACUUAAACGAUCUUUUGGUCAAAGUAAACACAGCAAAUGUUGUACUUAAACAGACAAAAGAUGUGUGCAAUAUUCUCUUCGACAAAGCAGUGGAAAGCAAAAGGCUACAAAACCAUGAUUUGCAAAAUGUUUUGCUUCUCGUCAAGAGAAACAGAUACAAUGCUUUACUUGCUCAAGGCGUGAACUAUCUCAAUAUCCAGGAGAGAGAAAGCGGCACGAUUGAUUUGUUGAAGGAUAAGAUUAAGAAGAAGAAAGAGAAGUUACAUGACUUUUUGAAACGUCGCGUGGAAAGCGAAGCAAAGAAGCAAAGUGCCAAGAUUAAAGUAAUGAGUGAAGAACUGGAAGCAAGCGUGAAAAAUUUGAAGAAAGUGAACGAGAAGUUGCUAGGUUUGCAAGAAGAUAUAACUAUACUGCAGAGUGAAUUGGGCGGAACAUCGUACAAGACAUUGAAACAAGCAUUUGCUGAUUUCAAGUUGAUUAACGAAAGUGAAGAAAGUUUUUCCUUGCCUUCCAUGCCGUACUAGAAGACCACUCGCGUUGUGAGGUGAAAUAUGCUUAUAUUAAAAUUCAUAUUUUCAAAAAUGGACUGAAUUUGUCCAUAAAAACAAAUAAACUUUACUAAUAACUGGAAGUUUUAAACGUCCAGGUUAAAUGCUAACGACUUACUGUUUAUCCGACGUAGUUAGCUUGAUGUGAUAUAUAUAAAAACAAAAAGAAACAGUGGAUGUAAUAACAAUGUAUCAUAAUUAAUAAAUUACCCAGGGCGCAGGUACCACUUGGGCAGCAGGGGGCAGCCAUAUGCCUUUACUACCAUAUAAUAGUACCAUACAUUCACCAUCUGAUCUUAAACGUCAUUCUCAGGCUCUGCUAUAAUCACGAUAUGACGGAUAUGUACCCUUCUCUACUUCUAAAACUCUGCCCCCGCUGACCUAAACUGCCUCCUGCGCCUCUCCGUAAUUAACACCCGGGUCACCAGACAUUAUUUUAGGACCAACAAACGAAUAGGAAUGUAACAAAUUAGAUUUUAACACUGGGGCCAGUUGUAUAAAAGGGUUUACUUUUAAUUAUAGUCAGUUACAGGAGGCAUAUCAAAUGGUGUAUUUUGAAAUAACUAUGACUCAAAAUGUCUC